AUGAGGACAAAUAGAGGCCUGCACAGUAAUGAAGAGGAUGAGCUGGUCACGGCUCAUGAAACAUCAUAUGGUGCCAAUCAUUUGUCACGAGCUAUCAUCUCACGCAACGCUGCCAUCGAGCACGCCGUACCAGAUUCACAGGAGCAAAACCCCACAAUAAGCACUUUAUUUUCAGUCGCUGGAUCGGAGCCGCAACACCUCGCCAAGUCGGUUUCUUCACCAAAAUCAGACAUGAUGCUGCACAAUGUCGAGACGCUUCUUCCUCACGAUGAAACACAAACAGCAGCCGAGGAUCAACGAAAACCUCUGCAGACUGCUGCUGUGGGUAAUGCUGGAUCCUCACGGAAAGUAACCCACUCGAUGAAACACAGACGAUCGGCCCGCCCGAAGCAAAUUAUUGUUUUGAGCAACACGCAGGAGUCUUUGGUGUUCCCUCGGUCGAAGCGCUCGCACCCAAAAGUAUAUACAUCUCAUUCAAAGACGGAGGUGGAUUGGGAGGAAGACCUUCGGCCCACUGAUGACGAGGCAGUUGAGGAGAGAGGAGAGAGUGUGGGAACUCGGAUUUCCUCCCCAGAACCACAGAAUGCCAAUGUGGCCCGGACGAAAACAGGCGACAAGCGAAAGAGGAAACCAAAGCCCCAACGCGCAUCGGGAAAACGCAAGAAAGCAAUCAAGGGGAACGGCACGGUAUCUGGAGAAGGCAGCACUGCGAGUCCCCAACUACCUUUGACUGCGUAUCCUAGUGCUUCCUGCCAGAGGACGCAAGUGGAACAUGACCAGAAGCCAAGUGAAGGAAUCACAGGACAGCGUGAGAUCAUUGAGAUAUCGAGUCGCUUAUCGUCACCUUCCGCUUCCCCAAGGGAUGAAACCAAUGCUGCAGAGCCAGUCCCCUCUACUGUUCCGAAGUCUCGCCGGUUGAAACCGAGCGCUCGAUCCAAUGGACCAAAUCAUCGUGGCAAAAAUGCACAUGGGCCUCGCAGUCCCAGGUCCAAUGGCAGAGGAAAGGUGGUUGGAAAAAAGCUGAUGGCUGCAUUGCGUGGAGGUGAAAUCGUCUCCCAGCCUCGGCCUCCUACAGAGAAUACCAUUACCUCCGCCAAUAUACUCUCGUUUCCGAACAAUUCUGAGCAGCUGAACAAACCACCCCAACGCAUGUCCCUGGCACAAGCUUCUUUGAGCAAAGAAUCAACGGCCUCUUACCAUGGUUUAACCAAGGCGACAACUGAUUGUAUACUGACCCAGCAAGAUAACACCGAGUUGACUGCCAAUGAGGAUGUCGUCACUGAACAGAUUGCCAGUUCACAGCAGAUUCCCAAGACGGCAUUCCAAGGGCCUUUGCAACCGGGAAGCCAAUUCAAUAGUCAAUGUUCUACUGGUGUCGAAGUUUGCCGGGAUGCGGUUACCGGCCGGCAUUCAAUGUCUGAAGUUCAUUGGGGAGAUGCCAACUCUUCUGCACUUACGACUCUGCAGGCCACCAAACAGGGCCAGGAUGGAUUUUUGGCGUCUCAGCGAUCUACGGAAUCCUCCGAGUACAACUCGGAUGUCUCAUCUGAGUGCCCAAAUGCAGCAACAGCUGGCCACCUCCUGAAUUUACAUGCCAAGAUGAAUGGAACUGACCACACCCCCGAGUCUCAAAAGCCAUUGUUGGCUGAGACAACUACAAUGAAAACGAAUGACUCAUGUUUGAAAGCCCCUCGAACCGUCCCUCGGAACAGUAUAGUUGAUUACAACGGCAGUCCUCGACUUGCAUUCCCUCCACAUCUGGAAGCUGACCGAGCACAUUCUGAGAUUGACACCAGUUCCAGUGAAUACAACGGAAGCCCAGAUGGAUCAUCCCCCAGGAAAUCCACCGAAAGUGAUCUUAUGUGGACUAAGUUCCAGAGAGACAUGUUCCUGGAAUAUGGAAUUGACACACAGGACAUGAAACACAACGAGCCUCGCCCAUGGCAUAAAAACCCGGAACAUGAAGCUCCCCUGUCCUCCAAUAGUACCAGCACUGGCAAGACCACAAGUGCUGUUGGUCUCAACCACGAAAAGACUUCUGUGGCUGCCCCGGUCUCCUCUCAGAGGACCAUUGAGGGCAAACAUGCAGAACCCGAGGAAAUGCCAGCGCCAGAGGUUUCAACGAUGGCGUCCACGGAGGUCCCCGCUCCAGAUCGACCUCAACUGGGGCCACGGUAUUCAAGCAGUGGAGAGAUCUCCGAUCCGCUGGAAUGGAUUACCACUUUGCAGGCCGCACAGAAGAAUGCUCAUGCCACACUGCUGGAAACAAACCAACUGGCGGCAGAAAAAGCCACCAUCAGUCGGGUGCUCGAGAUCUAUCGACAGGGAUGCAGUCGCAUUCUCGACGAUUUGACGUGCGCCCAGGAGGUGCGGCUGAAGCUCUAUCGCCAACAGAUGCAUUCGGUAAAGGCCCAGCAUGCGCAGAUUUGUGAGGACCUCAUCCGAGGAUUGCAGGAGCUGGACGAGCGGGUGCAACAGAGUUCGAUGUAG